CUCAACCACACGUCAAUGGGGUAACCCAAUCACUAUGAUGCCGCCCUUCAAUGAGGUCAUCGCCCGGGCUUGGAUAUGCUGCAGUCUAGGUUGGUUACUACUGCUAGCACAGUUAGUCGGGGGUAGUGGGGCCGAAGACCGCCUUGACCAGAGACUUCUAUUGACCACCGUAUCCGAGGAUGAAAUCGAGGAGUCGCUGGCCUUGAACAUGUGGAAGGCCGUCGGCUGGGCUGCUCUAUCUGCUAUAUCCCUACCUAUAGGAUCCACUAUUGCUAUACUGUGGCCCCCGGGUCAACGCGUAUGUAGUGUUCUACUAGCAUUUGGGUCGGGAUCUUUGCUUGAGGCACUGAGUAUAGAGCUAUUCGGGCAUGUACUGCAUGCCACUGACGAUAAGAGGGUCAUUUACUCGUUGAUUGCUGGAGCUCUCGUUGGGUGCCUUAUAUUUGUACUACUCAACAAGAUGCUGAAUGACCGUGGUGGCUUCUAUCGUCACGAGAAUAUGAUAGGUCAGUACGUGAUGCGUGUUAAGGUGAAGAUGAUGAGGAGCUUGUUGCGGAGGUUGAAGCAAGUGCCAAUGCUCAGCGGACUAGAGGAUAUCGAGCUUUACGAGCUUGCUAAAUCCUUCGAAAGCUCUCGUUACCGUGCCGGGCAUGUGGUGGUGUGCGAUGCAACCACGAGCACUACUGCAUACUCCGCCCUUUUCUUCGUUGUAAGUGGCGAAGUGCAGGUGACAACAAGCUUCAACGAUGGAAUUGAAAGUACCACUGUAGCUGGCCCGAACUCGAUAUUCGGCCAGAUGACUUUAUGUACCGGCGUGCCCGUGGCGACUACGGCAGUGACCCAAACUCGGGUCAAGCUGCUUCGACUACCACCUGUUGACGUAAGGAAAUGA